AUACUCACCAAAUCAACUGUUGAUGAUCAGCGGCGAGAGGCUAUGAAAAGUAGAGAGCGCAUGAGAAACGCAAACACCGGGGAUUACGAAGCCAAGAGAAGUUUCACGGGAUAAAGGAUCUCCGACUUCUUUCAGAGAAAUUGAUCGGAUAGCUUCCUGCUACAAAGCUAUCUGGUAUAAGAACAAAGCCAAAGUUUUUUUAAUCUACGGCUAAUAAAAGCAUUAAAAAUGGCUGGUCUACCAUCUCUGAAUGAUGACCAGAUGAAACUUGUCCAAGACCUAGAGAUAGAAAUGAUGUCUGACAUGUACACAAGAAUGACAAACUCGUGUCAUAAAAAAUGCAUUCCAACCAAGUACAAGGAUUCUGAAAUAGCAAAGGGAGAAGCUGUGUGUAUUGACAGAUGUGUGGCAAAAUACUGGGAAAUCCAUGAACGUGUAGGUAAAAAACUCCAGAACAUGUCGGCUCAAGAUGAAGAGGCUUUGAAAAAGAUGGCAGCACAACAGGGUCUUGUAAAAUAAAAUUUUUAAAUAAUGUAAACUGAAUUUUGUAUAGUAUUGCAGUCAAGUUAAAUCAGUUAUAAUGGAUUAAAAAUUGAAACGGCUUGCAUCUAAGUUAUUAUUUUUUUAAUACAUUUCCAUGAAUAUUUAUAUUCAUAACUUCCUUGUCUUUGUUUUAGAAAUUCAUUGGAACAGAAAUUUAAUUUGCUUUCUAUCUACAGAUGUAGUCUAUAGUACAAUGUUUAAAAUUCUCUGAUAUAAUAAAAUGAUUAAAGUGGGGAGCAAUUUUAACAGAAGAGGUAAUAGGAAAUCGUAAUACCUUUGUAAAUAAAAAAUAUAUACAUGGUUUAUAGUAUUAAUUGAUCUGAAUACAUUUUUACAAAUUAUUUUCAUGCAUAUGAGUAUGGAAAAUAAUCUAAUUGUGCUUAUUGUUGUUUCCAGCUUUGUUCUUAUAUGUUAGAAUAAUUUUUCAUGGAAAUAAAAUAUAUAAAACUUAGUGAAGAAAACUAUUAAAAAGCAGUUCGUUUCACCAAUAUUUGGCAAGUUGAGGAAAUUGUAGGGUAAUAAAGAUGGUUUGGAU